AUGGUACGGCUCGUCAUCAAUACAAGCUUCAUCGAAAUUUUCCGGGAUUACUCGAUGAGCCGAAGCGCCAACACGUCAGUCCAGGGUCGUCUGCGUACAGACGUGUUUUCACGAUCAUUCCCACGUGAAGUCAGUUAUUGAUCGACCUGGACCAGAUCUGAGGAACGUGCGUGAACUCUGAGCAGACACACAAACCCUAGUGGUCGAACAGUGGAACUACAACUAGAACCAUUAAAGGAGUCACAGCGUUCAGCAGUCUCAGACUUCACAUGUUCUCUGUUCACUCUAAUUAAGAAAACUGAUCGAUCACUUAUUGAUCAGACAUUUGGAAUGAUCGGAGUGACAAACUAUAAAAUCAGCUGAGAGAGGACAACCUCAGAGGAAGUCUGACAAGUACAAACACAAGUACACAAACAAACACAAGUACAAAUACAAGUACACAAACAAAUACAAGUAUCAUGUCUUAUUUUGUUUUAUCGGAGGACUUGGAGAAGCGUCUGCUCCUCCUCCUCCUCCUCCUCCUCCUCCUCCUCCUCCUCCUCCUCCUCCUCCUCCUCCUCAGGGAGCGCGGCGUUUCCAAAGAGCGCUCUGAUCAGUUCAGAGAGAACUCAGAGUGGAUUCUCAGCAGGAACCGUUUCCCCAAAAACAUCUGAACAGAUUUAUGAUCCGAGAUUUACAGCCGUGUCGGAGCGAGAGACAAAACGCACCAACGCCAUCAUCGCCAUGACCAUCCAGCUCCUGUCCACCCUAACCCCGACAUUUCAGCCUGAGAUCGGAGACAAAGACGACAUUUCACAGACAACGCUAACAGAAUCAUGUCGGCAGAGAUGA